CGAGAAGCUUGGGUAUUAAAAGGCUGAACAAUUCAUCUGCCGAUUAUCAGGUGAAAAUCAGACACUUGAUUGUAAGCGAUAAAGUAAACAACAUGGCAUUCCGAAUUAUUGUUUUAAUUAACUUCAUUGUUGCAUUUGCUAGUUAUGGCGUUCUUGCUAGUGAUUGUGACCAAGCUCCACCAGAAGUUAACGGAAACUUUGAUGCAUGCUGCUCAUUUCCAAACAUAACCGAUCCUGUGAUUGACAAAAAAAUUCAAGAAAUGGUAAAAACUUUGUCGCUAGAAGGAAAAGAUAGCUAUUCAGUUGUUUGUAAAGUUGCACAAGUCAUCUUUAAUGACAUGAAGCUUGUAAAAGACAACACUGUUGACAAAGAUGCUUUCCAGAAAAUGGUCGAUAGCUAUGUCACAAAAGAUGUUGAGUACUGGAGGCAGCCAUUAAAAGAUGCUUAUGAUCACUGUCAGAAAACUUUGAUGAGUGAUCUUGCUAAGGUUACAGACUUCUUCUCUAAGCCACCAUAUAACAUCAAAAAAGAAGAUUGUGAUGUACAAUAUGUAGCUUUGUUUACUUGCAUUCAUUUGGAUUCAUUUGCUAACUGUCCAACUGCAGCCUGGAAACCAACAAACGAAAAGGUUUGCACAACUAUGAAAACUUGGUUUGGAAAAUGCGGAACUGAUUUCAAUGGCAUUAAAAAAAUCAUUAGCGGAUAAGUUUUUUGAUUGUUUUUUAUAAGUUUAUAAGAGGAGGAA